GUCUGUGUUUGUUGCAUAGGUAUUUAUGCCCUCCGCCAACGCCCACCUUCGUUUUCCCUCCUCGUAGAUUCCGUUCCGAUUCCAGGGUUUUACACCUCCUCGAUCUUCUUCUUCGAUCUCUGAACACUUCCCCCUUCUUUCCGCUCAUUCCUCAAUCCUCCUACGGAUUGUAUCCACUGCUUCUUCCUUUUCUCAAUUGCCUCGCCAUGGCAGACUGGCAAGACCUUCUCCAAACCGUCUUCAUAGGCCUCAUCUUCUCUUAUCUUGUUGCUAAGUUGAUCUCCAUAGUCGUCUCUUUCAAGGAAGAUAACCUAUCUAUUUCUCGUACCACUACUACUUCCUUUCCGAAAUCCAGCGAAGGUGCUUCCACAACCAACCCAAUCGAAAUCGACCCGGCUGAUGUCGGGUCGGGUUCGGGAGAUUUCGGAUUGGCGCAUGAGGAUGACUCUGUGAUCGCCGAGCAUGGUAGUGUUAGGAAUGAGAGUUUUGGUGGGAGUGAUACUGAUGAUGAUGAUGAUGAUGAUGAUGAUUGGGAAGGGGUGGAGAGCACCGAAUUGGACGAGCUGUUUAGCGCUGCCACUGCAUUUGUUGCCGCCUCUGCUGCUGACCGCCUUUCACCGAAGGUCUCCAAUGAAGUACAGUUGCAGCUCUAUGGCUACUACAAAAUUGCUACCGAGGGGCCUUGCAGCACGCCGCAGCCGUCUGCCUUGAAAAUGACAGCUCGGGCCAAGUGGCAAGCGUGGCAGAAAUUGGGUGCUAUGCCUCCUGAAGAAGCAAUGCAAAAGUACAUUGAUCUCGUUACUGAGUUGUAUCCAUCUUGGGUGGCUGGUGCAAGUGGGAAAAGCAAAGAUGGAAAUGCUGAUGCUAAAAAUAAAGAUUCAAGAGGACCUAUGGGGCCAGUCUUCAGCACUUUUGUAUACGAGGAAACCGGGAAUGAUUUGGAGCUGGAAGCCAUUCAUGCCUUUGCUAGAGAAGGAGAAUUGGAAAAUUUGCUGAAGAGUGUAGAAAGUGGCGUUUCAGUGAAUAUCAAGGAUAGUGAAGGCCGGACCCCAUUGCAUUGGGCAGUGGAUCGUGGGCAUUCUAAUGUUGUGGAGCUGCUUGUUAGCAGGAAUGCGGAUAUCAAUGAAAAGGACAUUGAUGGCCAAACUCCAUUGCAUUAUGCCGUUGUAUGCGACAGAAAAUCGAUUGCUGAAUAUCUUGUGAAGAACAAUGCCAACAUUAACGAAAAAGAUAAUGAUGGAAAGUCACCUUGUGAUCUUUGCGAAUCUAUCUGGCCUUUCAUGGUCUCUGCGGGGAAGUAGAAACUGGCAGAUGGAUUACCAUGUUCAGUGUGCCUUUUUCCCUUCUAUCUUCUAAUUGAUUAUUCCACACGUUCCUUUUGAAUGUAAAUACUCCCAUGCAUGGCCUUUCCUAACAACUUCAUUAUAAAUAGAUUUGGAGUAUUUAUCAUACUUACCUGUUUCAUAUCAGAUGAUGCUGAUGACGACAGUAAUGUAUCUCUCUCGUCAAUAUUGUCAUUCAGGGUAAAAUAGAUAGUAGAUAUUAUACCAUGUGAUAAUUUGACACCAUUGAUGUUCAUGGAAUUGUCUCUAUUUCUGAUAGUUUAAUAUCAAAUGAAUAGGACUUGACAA